GGUACUAAAUGGGUUGAUGAUGAUGGACGGUCUAAACGUACAGGCACCUUAUGGACCGCGAGUGCUCAUAUAAUCACAGCAGUAAUAGGAUCAGGAGUUCUGUCACUUUCAUGGGCUACAGCUCAACUGGGAUGGGUGAUUGGACCUCUAGUUCUCAUUGCUUUCUCUUUGGUCACUUUCUAUACCUCCACCUUACUCACAGACUGUUAUAGAUCUCCUGAUCCAGUCAAGGGAAAACGAAAUCAUACUUACAUGGAUGCAGUCAAAGCCAAUUUAGGAAGUACGCAAAUAUGGCUAUGUGGCUUGACACAGUAUGCCAAUUUAUAUGGAACUUCUAUUGGCUACACAAUCACUGCAGCUAUCAGCAUGACAGCUAUCAAGCAGCAACAUUGUUUCCAUGAAAAUGGGAGGGAAGCUCCAUGCAACUCCAACAACAACCCUUUUAUGAUUUUGUUUGGAAUCCUACAGCUUUUUUUAUGUCAGGUACCUGACUUUGACAAGCUCUGGUGGCUCUCUAUCGUUGCUGCGGUUAUGUCAUUUACUUAUUCUUCAAUAGCACUUGGCCUUGCUAUUGGAAAAGUUGCAGAAGGAAACUUCCAUGGGACUCUUACAGGAAUGCCCAUAGGUACAGUAACUGCAGCACAAAAGUUCUGGGAUGUCUUCCGAGCUCUAGGAAAUAUUGCUUUUGCUUAUUCAUACUCCUCCCUUUUAAUUGAGAUCCAGGACACAGUAAAAUCACCUCCAGCAGAGAACCAAACAAUGAAGAAAGCCACAGCAAUUGGAGUGAGUGUGACCACCAUGUUCUACAUGUUAUGCGGUUUAUUUGGAUAUGCGGCAUUUGGUAACAAUGCUCCAGGCAACUUUUUAGCUGGAUUUGGCUAUUAUGAGCAAUUUUGGCUUAUUGACAUUGCCAAUAUAUGCAUUAUUGUUCACCUCGUCGGAGCCUAUCAAGUUUUUGUACAACCUCUAUUUGCAUUUAUUGAAAAGUGGUGCUUCAAGAAGUGGCCAGAGAGCAUAUUUCUCCAAAUGGAAUACAAUGUUAAAUUGCCCAAGUAUGGAAAGUACAAGCUCAGUCUUUUCAGACUGGUCUGGAGAUCAGUUUUUGUGGUCACUACCACAGUUAUUUCAAUGCUUCUGCCAUUUUUCAACGAUGUUGUGGCACUCUUGGGGGCAGCAGGAUUUUGGCCAUUGACAGUCUAUUUCCCAGUAGAAAUGUACAUUGUUCAACAAAAGAUCCCACGUUUUUCAUCAAAAUGGUUGCUGUUGAAGGCCUUGAGUGCUGUUUGUUUCCUUCUCUCGGCAGCAGCUGCAGUUGCAGCAAUCGAAGGUGUUGUCCAGGAUUUGAAAACGUACAAGCCCUUCAAAACGACGUAUGACUGAAAGCUCCUC